UACACAGGAGUAUGGGUGUUUUGAGAGAAAUGGGGAGGGAUCAGCUUGGGAGUAUAGUAGAGACCAUAAAGGCAAAGGUGAUGGGAUCACUGAAGAGGAAGGCAAAGAACGAAAAGAGCAAGAAUAAGAAUAAGAAGGGUUCAUCUUCUUCUUCUUCGGCUUCGUAUGUGAAGAUGGACAAGACGGCUAGCGUUAAGGUGGAGAUACAAAGCAGACAUGCACGGAAGCUCAUUGACAAAACACUUAUGGCUGCAGAUCAGCCGGGCAAGAUGGAGCGCUGA